AUGUUGUGGGAUGAUGUUAUUUAUGUACUAUUGCUAUUACUUUCCAUAGCAUUCGGGCCGUUUUAUUAUAAAAUAGGAGGACUUCGUACAAAACAAUGGGUCGCGACCCUUUUCGGCUUCGCAUUAGUCGUCUGUGUUUCAGGACUGUCGGUCUUGCAUCCAAUCGUUACCGUUCUCAUCAACGCAAUUAUCAUAACCAACUUAUCAUGGAAAAAAUGUCACUUGAUCAGCCUAUAUUUCUCCUUUUUCUACUUACUGGUAAUCUUUCGAUUGGGUGACUAUUUUGGUUUACCGAGUCCACCAACUCACACGAAUCUCGUUGUAAUGAUUCUCACCUUAAAGCUAUCCGGGCUAGCAUUUGAAAUCAACUCGGCAGCAACUGCGCCAGCCGAUGAUGUUCAAGGAGCAAAUUCCGAUGCGCUCAAGAAAAUUAAUUUCAUGGAUGUGAUACAUUAUAGCUUUGGUUAUAUGGGUGUACUAACAGGUCCGUAUUACCGUUACAGGACGUACUGGGACUCUUUGCAUAGACCGUUUUCCAACUAUGUUGAUCCGUGGCCACUCACCUAUUACAAGCUCAAACAGAUCACGGCGUUCAUCGCGUUGUUUCUAGUGAUAAACUAUCUCUUUCCCAGCGACUACACGCAAACAGUAAUGUUCGAAGAGCACUGUUUCCUCUAUAGAUUUUUCUAUAUGUAUCCGGCAUUCGCUGGUUUUCGACUGAGAAUGUUUAUCGGUAUGGCGUUGGCCGAAUGUGUUUGCCAAAUGUCAGGAUUAGGAGCUUACCCGGUCUGCUGUCAAUCCGUACCUGGUCUAGGCCCACGCGAUUACAAAAUGAUCGAAAAAUUAUCGCUUGAUCACGAGAGAAUGGAAAAAGAGAAACAGGAUUUCGAAACGGUGCAUAACAUGAAUGUGUGGGAAGUGGAAUCCUCUCCGUUUGUCAGGCACACGAUGAAAAUGUGGAAUACAUGCGUACAAUAUUGGAUGGCUAUGUGCGUUUACAAAAGAUUCCCUCAUAAAGGUUUAAGAACCAUCGCUACAAUGACUUUAUCUGCUCUAUGGCAUGGUUAUGCUGCCGGCUACUACUUUUGCAUCUGUCAAGUCCCGUUCUAUCUACCUUUCGAGGACAUCUGUAUUAAAUUUUAUAAUCAAUACGAAGAAAAUGAAUUUGGCAAGAAGGCUUGGAGAGUCUUCCUCUGGUGGGCGAAACUUACAUGCAUGGCAUAUCUUGGCGUGCCCUUCCAAUUACUGCGCUUCCAAGAAAUAAUACAUUUUUACAAAAGUUUAUAUUUCUCCGGACAUAUCUUAGGGCUUGUAGCCUAUCUCGUCUUACGAAUCCUAAAAACUCGCUCUCUUAAACAACAAACGGAAGAACACAAAAAGAAAUAAUUUUUCUUGCUUUAUGUUAGCUUUAAAAAAAAAA